GUUAAAGAAUAGUUUGGGUUAGGCUAGUGAGGUUGGUUAGGCGUAGUUACCGUUAACGCAGUGAUGUAACUGUACUUUAUGUCUUCAGUGGCAGGCUUCCUUACUUCCUUCAUACUGCAAACCUCGCUCCAAAGUACCGAACAUCUCGUAGUGCCUUCGUGCCCGUUUCGCGCGGGUUUUUCGUACGAAGUUUGUGACCCACACAGCACAAAUCGAUAGUUUUCGCGGUUUCGUGCAAGCAAUACGGCACCGCUAGGAAUAAAAAAAAAAAAAAAAAACGCCCGCCACGAUGGUUUUGGAGUUCUCCGAGGUCACGGUGGAACAAGCGGACCCGACGCGCCGGCUGCUCACCGUUUCUUCGUAACACGUCUUGUUCGUACUCUAUGCAUCGAUUGGUUUCGUGCAAGCAUCACGGCUCCGCUAGGUGAGCAGGUCUCCGAAAAUGGUGUUGAAGUUCACGGUGGAACAGGUGGACCUGGUACGCCGGCUGCGAGACACCGGCAUCGGAGUGAAAGAUAUCGAGAUCAUAUUCAACAAGUUGGCGGACCUCGAGGCAAGUUUGAGAAAGACUUGCGACGGACCGCCUCCGUCGGAGCGAGCACGAGAGCCGCAGCUGACAGCACGCGAAGUUGACAAUUCUGUCGAGGACGAAGACUACUCCUCGUCGAGUUCGGACAGCUCGACGCCUUCAUCGCCGAUGCCGGCGAAUACGACUUUUGGGACCAACACGGGGAUAGGCACGCCCUUGAACGGGACUCCCGGUGCCGACUGCACGACCGUCGGAGGCGCUAGUUCCCCGGAAGGCACGCAGCAUCCUUCAAGACGUUUUCAGUUCCGCUUCACGGAGCCCCAACUGUCGGUGCUAAGACGUGCAUUUGCAUCCAAUCCCUACCCCGAAGACGAGGAAAAGGAGGCAAUUGCCGACACUUGCAAUAUAGCUGCCAUCAAUGCCGGCGACUUUGCACACACGAACGUCACAUCUGUCAUGGUGCACACAUGGUUCUCGAACCGCAGGAAGGAUGCCACCCGGAUGCUCAAGUCGAACCGCAUCAUGAAGAACUCUCUGCCAAUGACGGUGUCUCUGCUGCCGCACGAGGCUUUGCGGCGGUUGACGCGUCAGCGCGAGCGCUUCAGCUUUGACAGGGGACACCUUGGCAUCCUGGAAGGGCACUACCAGCGGAACAGCUACCCAAACCAGGUUGAGAAGGAAGCAAUUGCAGAGGAAUGCAAUGCCUACACUGGGGCCCAUGGCCUUGACCGGUGUGGACCGAUGACAGCGACCAAUGUCAACUACUGGUUCGCCAACCGGCGCAAGCGGGACUUCCACCGAGUCGACAUGUCGUCGCCUUCGGUCGUCGGGAACAACAACGGCAACAACAACGCUGCGAGUCACUCUCUGUGGAACGCGGAUCUUUCGCUUGGGGGGCACGGCAGAAUCGGGAUGGUGAAGGAAGAGCCACCAGACUACGAGGCCACUCCGUACGACCAGGAGGUUCUUCCAGAAAACGGAGGAAUGUCGUGGAACAUCGAGCUGGAUGGCAGGGGCGGCGUCAUUCCCAACGGAUGCGUUGGGAACGGAGCGUUGAACGGACACGGAGUGAUGUCCAUGGGCACGGAAACAGGUCCGUAUCCGGUGAAGACGGAAGAGGACAGGUGGCAGCUGCCGCCUGGCAACCUUCAGCUCGACUGGAGGUAGCAGGCGAACGUGAAGUUUCACGUUUGUUGUUGGCUCGCUUAUAUACUUCGUUUCGCCUUAACAUGGACGCUACGAGCCGUCGAAGCUGAUCCUGCGCUGUGAAUGUGUUGCGUGACUUUGCGCCCUGCGUGUCAUUGCACCCUUCCCGAAGGUCACAUGACAUUCGUGCAAUGUUGGAUUAGCUAGGACGAUACAUACCGCCUGCUGCGGUCCGUUGUAAAGUGAAACGAAGUAUAGGUGGUAGCAUUGCUGCUACAACCCGGCGAGGUGUAGGUUGCAUCGACGAGGUUCAAAGGUAAGUUGUGAAGCGGGGUUCCGAUGUUGAGGUGUCCUGCAGCUCUUUUGGGUUUGAAGAAACUGUGCAGUAUGCUUUUGGUGGGACCGCUGCACGGUCUUUGUCAUCGCGACGGGUGCUGUUUUGUCUCUGAGUGUGAAGGACAGAGUUCAAAAGAAGUGGUAUGGAUAGGAAUCAAUGUUGAAAAAAUUCCUCUGGUGAUUUAUUUUUAUUUUUCCGAGUGAUUUUUCUUUGUUGUUGAAUGAGCAGAGGAACAUCUAUUGUUGGUUUGUUUGUUUGUUUGUUGUGGCCAACAGCCAUAGUGGAGCUUGGAGCACUCCAACAGUGUUCGAGUAUGACGUGCAAUCGAAUUUGAGGUGCUCUUGGUAGUGUAUAAAUGGUGUGGUUUAAACCUGUCUUACGAACACAUUUUGUCCUUUUUGUCGCAAGGUUCAAGUUACCUUCGAGGGAAUGUCGUCAAGAAAGAAUAUCUUAAGUCGACUGGUCUCGCCUCCUAAUGCAACACCCGCAUGCAUCAUUGAAGCUCCGGGGCAGACGUUUCUUGCUGCGUUGCCAGUUAUUCAGAUCAAACGACCAGUAGAACAUUGCACUGGAAUGUCAUCAUCAGAGGCACUCGUAGCAAAGUUCCAUGGAAGUGCACAGCACGCCUGUUUCUCUAACUCCUGCCAGCCCUCAUUCAUUCGAUCAAAUUGUCUUCGCAGUGGUGUAUAAACCAAUUCUGAGGGGAGACGGCUACAUGGAAUUGAGACUAGCCUAAGUUUUGACAGAGCCUUCAUCAUUAUCUUUAAAGCAAAAUUGUAUUGUGUUUGAGAAGGGAAAGAGAUCAAGUGUGUUUGGAAAUCCUAAUGGAAAUGUCCAUACUUCUAUACGCCAAGAACUUGUAGGAGAGAGGAGGAGACGAGAACCCGCCGGGACGUCAGAAUGCUGAGCUCUGAUUGGAAUGAUUAGUGGGUAAACCUAAAGCUAGCCGCCUCCACUGCACUCACCGAAUGCGUUAGAGCCUGGAAUUCCGGCGUUUGGCUCUCGCGUUCGAACGUGUUUGGCGAGUGCAGUGCAGACAGAGGACUCUAGCUUUAGGUCUACCCACUAAACAUUCCAAUCGGAGCACGGCGUUCUGACGUCCCUGUGCACUCUCGUCUCUUCCUCCCCCUGGCAACUUUUCUGAACAUAUUCGUUUCAGAGCGCACAAUGGCAAUGUCGUGUUGCCCAUAUUAUGCGGGGCUCAUUAAAAGAUCUGGCUCCCUU